AAAACGGGCGAUCUGCCGUCACACUGUCGCGCACCCAUUUUCCGCUCCGCCACCACUCUCCCUUCUCCGAUCUGACGCCGCCGCUGCCCCACCAACCGGCCGCAGCCCCGGCCCCCGCCCGCCACACUCGCGGCAGGGCAGCGCGGUCGCAGCCAUGCCCAGCUCGCCCAAGGUGUUCUCCUCCUCGGCGGCCGCAGCCUCGCGACGCUCCUCGCUCCGCCGCCUCCUCUCCUCGCCGGCCGUCUCCGCGGCCUGCCUCCUCUUCGGCCUCACCGGGUUCCUCGCCGCUGCCGUCUCCCUCUCCCGGGGGCCAGCCGAGGCCCCGCGCGGCCGCUGCCCGGACUCCUCCCACCCGCUCUCCGUCUCCGUCGCCUGGGACCGGCGCCCCGGGGAUGCCGCGGGCGGCGCUACCGAGUUCCCGGCGGGCCACGCCACCGGAUCGCGCGGCAGGCACAAGGUCAUGGCCUUCGUCGGGAUCUUCACCGGGUUCGGCUCCGUCGGCCGCCGCCGCGCGCUCAGGCGGACGUGGCUCCCCUCCGAUCGGCAGGGCCUCCUUCGGUUGGAGGAAGCUACUGGUCUGGCAUUCAGAUUUGUGAUCGGCAAAAGCAAUGACAAGUCUAAGAUGACAGCUCUUGAAAGAGAGGUUGAAGAAUAUGAUGAUUUUGUGCUUUUAGAUCUCGAGGAGGAGUAUAGCAGGCUUCCAUACAAAACGUUAGCAUUCUUUAAGGCUGCCUAUGCGUUAUUUGAUUCUGAUUUCUAUGUUAAAGCUGACGAUGACAUUUACUUGAGACCAGAUAGACUCUCCUUGCUUUUGGCGAAGGAACGUCCACACCCACAAACAUACAUUGGAUGCAUGAAGAAGGGGCCUGUUUUCACUGAUCCCAAAUUGAAAUGGUAUGAGCCACAGUCCUUCCUACUUGGAUCAGAAUACUUCCUUCAUGCAUAUGGGCCUAUUUAUGCUUUAUCAGCUGAUGUGGUGGCAAGCUUGGUUGCUCUGAGAAACAACAGUUUCCGAAUGUUCAACAACGAGGACGUUACCAUUGGAUCCUGGAUGCUUGCUAUGAACGUCAACCACGAGAACACCCAUGCCCUCUGCGAGCCCGAGUGCACGGCAUCCUCGAUUGCCGUCUGGGACAUCCCAAAAUGUUCAGGGCUAUGCCACCCAGAGGUAAAGAUGCUGGAGCUUCACCGGCGGAAAGAGUGCACCGGUGGUCCGACGGAGGCGGCCGAAACCGAAACCGAUGACGAGUGAUGCUUGCUUGGUCUGGAGACACAGGGAGCCAGCCAUGGAGGCAUGGACCAGGCGAUGGACGUGCCAUGAUGAUGACACAAAUGGUCGGUUGACCCAAUAGAUUCUUGGGGUGCCUACACCAUCCGAUUCGAUUCGAUUCCGUCACCAGGUAGUACGUACAAUGAUUGCCGUUUUGCAAGAGCAUACCAGGCACACUGACGAGACAGCUGCGUCGUGCGAUUCAGGCGCGGCGCCACACCACGCCGCAGUUGCAGCGCAUUCUUACCCUGCUUUUUAACCACAACUGUAUUAUCAUUACCGUCGGAUGCGCCGUCGUCGUGACAAAAGUUUUGUUGUAUAGAAGGGAAAAAAAAUGCGGUAGUACAAAUUGAGUAGCGCCCCAUACGUUCUUUUGCCUUCUGCGCCAAUCAGCUCAUUCUUGAAAGAUUGGAGUAAAGGAUAUGGACUGCUCGAUUGAA